UUUUUUGAACGUCGGCAGACCUCAAGGAGACAUGAAAUUGUUUCUGAUACUUACAACUGCCUCGCUGGUGAUAGUCAUCACCGAGUGUUUAAAAUGUAGGUCGGAAAACGACGGCAAGACGAUAGAAGAGUACGAGGACAUCGUAAGGAGCUGCCUCAGGAUGGAAGAGGAUCAGAACGGUCACAGAAAUAGGUGGAAGGGUAACAGGUACAACAACCACAGAGACCAUAACUCUCAGAAAGGUCAUUAUGGGAGUGAUGAAGAUGACGACGACGAUGAUGAUGAUGACGACGACGAUCAUGGUGACAGUGGUGGCCAUGAUUCUGGUAAUAAUAAAAGAAAGGAGCAAAACAGAGGUGGUCAUGGACACAAUCAUGGAGGUAGAAAUGAUGGAAGAAGAAAGAAUCAGCGAGAUAAAUACAAUGGAGAUGAUGAAGACUACGAUGACAGCUGGUCUGAUCAAAACUCAAAAAAUAAGCAUUCAGGCUCGGGCAAUUCAAGGGACAGACCUUAUUUCUCACAAAGGGACAAAGACGAUAAAAAUCAUGGACAAAGGGGUGGGCAAAAGCACGAUUUUGGCUACAAUCCCAUCUCAGCACAUCAUAGCCACUUUAGCUCAGGGAACAACGGGAACAGCUAUAAUAAUUCAAACCGGCAACACGGGUCCUCACCAUUAGAAGACGUUGAACCUUGUAUCAUACAUUGCAUGUUCCGUCAGAUGAAAAUGGUUAACGACAACUCACAUGUCGAUAAGGCUAGUGUUAUUAACACUCUUACAAGAAGAAUAAGAGAUCCUGAAUUGAAGGAAUUUAUACAGGAUUCUAUUCAUGAAUGUUUUGAAAAUUUAGAUAGAGAUAGUGGACAAUGCGAAACAACAAAAACAUUUGCCAUGUGUUUAGAAGAAAAAGGAAGAAGGAAUUGCGAAGAUUGGAACUUGAACUCUAGACCGGGUCAUGGAAAUAGAAAUAAUGGAAGGGAUAACAUGAAUUAUUUCUUUCAAUCAUCUCCUUCAAGGGGUUAAAACAAGAAAAAUGUAAUGUCAAGAUAGAUAAUUUAUUCA